AUGCAUACCGCUGUUAUUACUGAUAAACGGAGUCUGCACAAAGCCGGCUUAUCCAAAUCAAGUACCAUGCAAAAGUCCAAAUCCGAACCCAACUGCGCCAGUACUGCUGCCUCUUCUUUUCACACACUUGCAGCUCACCCAAAACGCAAAUCGACUGGUAAUCUCAAACGAGUGCCGUCAUUCUGCCAGAGCAGUACUACGACCAACGGCGGAGCCAACAAGGAUGUAUGGCGUUCACCUGGAUGUUAUGAGAUUCCUGAUAUUCUCGGCCAUGCCUAUCUAAAGCCUUCACCCGCUGUAGCCUUUCAUUUGCGACCACGAGAUCCAUCAAAGCAAGUAUCCAAGCGCCCUUGGUACCCACCUAGCCCACAUUACCAGAUUCCAGACUUGCCACCCCUAGCUCGGGCAGAGAACAAGUUUGAAUCCAAAAUGCGCAAGAUCCUUGCCAAGACCAGAGUCCACACCAAUGAUCCUCGUACCCGUUACACUGAUUUCAAGGAGAUUGGCACUGGCGUGAAUGGUGCCGUGGUGCGUGCCGCUUAUCGUGGUGGUAACAAGAAGAGUUACACCCAAUUGGCUAUUAAGCGCUGCAAGCUUGAUCCCGAUCGUGAAUAUCGUGCAGCCAUUUUGCGUGAAUUAAGAAUCAUGGCGAGUGGACAUAAGAAUCUGAUCAAGUUGCGUGAAGUCACCUUGUGUCGCGAUGAUGUUUGGAUUGCCAUGGAUUUAAUGCGUUGCUCAGUGUUUGCUGUUCUUUGUCAACGUGGCAUCCCUGAGGACUUUUCGAUCCACAUUGCUUGUGAAACACUAAAGGCACUCAUGUACUUGCAUUCAAAGGGCUUCCUUCAUCGUGACGUCAAGUGCGAGAAUUUAUUACUUGGCUGGAAUGGUGAAGUGAAAUUGGCUGAUUUUGGAUUGUCUGCUCGUAUCGCUGCCGGCAACAGAGAUCGAUUGGGAACAACCAAAUGGAUGGCUCCUGAAGUCAUCCGUGAAGAAUACUAUGACGAAAAGAUUGAUUUAUGGUCCUUGGGUAUCACCAUCAUUGAAAUGAUGGAUCGUGUUCCACCCCAUUACUUGAUCAAGGAUGAGGAAGAAUUGUUCGAUAUCAUCGCUACUGAGCCCAGCCCCACUUUCACCUACAGCUAUCCAUCCAUGUACAUGCGUGGCCUUGUCGCCUGGUUGCUUGAUGAGGAUGCACACAGCAGACCCAGUGCAAAGGAUGUGCUUUUGGAAAUUGAUGCCCAUGUCAAGAGCAACUUGUUGCAAUGCGCAUCAUCCGCUGAGCUCGUGCGUUUCCUCAACCACGUUUUGCCUGCUCACUAA